UCAUGUUCUUCUCUCUCAAUAACCUCUCUCUCUCUUCCUUCUUCUUCUUCAUCUUCUUCUUCUUCGCUUCACCAUUACAGUGCAUUCUCUCAAGAACUCUGCAACACCAUCCGUUUCCUUCCAUUGCUGAUCAACGUAGCUUCCAACGCCUUGUCCAAGCUUCAAGAGGAAGUCAAAUCACUGGCAUUUCACAUAUCAAGAAAUAUUUUUCACAUUUUGGUUAUCUUGAUCCAUUGCAGAACAGUACUAGUUUCUCUGACGAUUUCGACGAGCGAUUUGAGUCGGCGCUUUUCCGAUACCAACGGAACCUCGGCCUGGCCAUCACCGGCAAGCUCGACUCCGACACACUCAACCAGAUCGUUACGCCAAGAUGUGGCGUGCCAGACACAGUGCAUGAUGGUCAUCAUGGCUUGCAUUCUACAAAACAUUUCAUGUAUUUUCCGGGAAAACCACGGUGGAUACGUUCGAUGCCGAUGACUCUCACGUACGGUUUCUCGCCGGAGAACAUGAUUCAGAACUUGAGCUUAAGGGAGAUAAGGGAAGCGUUUAAACGCGCGUUCGCAAGAUGGGCUUCGGUGAUUCCCGUGAGUUUCGUGGAGGCUGAGGAUUACGGUUUUGCAGAUAUCAAAAUAGGGUUUUACAAUGGCGACCAUGGAGACGGAGAGCCAUUUGACGGCGUCCUCGGCGUGCUAGCUCAUUCAUUCUCACCGGAGAGUGGGAGGCUCCACCUGGACGCGGCGGAGACGUGGGCGGUCAACUUCCGGUUGGAAAAAUCACCGGUGGCGGUGGAUUUAGAGUCGGUGGCGACGCAUGAGAUUGGGCAUUUGUUGGGGUUGUCUCACAGUACAAUGAAGGAAGCUGUGAUGUUUCCAAGUUUGAAGCCAAGAGAUAAGAGAGCAGAACUAAACAUGGACGACAUUAAAGGAGUUCAAUAUCUGUAUGGAUCAAACCCUAAUUUCAGAUACGAUUCGUCUUUAGAAUCUGAUAUGUCUGCAAAUAAUAAUGAAGCUUCGCAUUUGGAAGCCAAAUCUUUGAGAAAUAUUGUUGGUAGUUUUAUCAUGUUUUCUUUAGUUCAUCAUAUUUUUUGUUUCUGUUUAUAGUUUUUGGGUUUUUUUUUUUUUUGGUUCAGUAUGGGAUUAGAGGGAGAUACUAAAUAUGAUGAUGUUGGGUGAAAUAUAUAGCAGAAUAGUGUAUAGAUUAGAGAUUGACAAUAUGUUUGCCGACAAAGUCAAAGGGAAAAGACUUUAAUUGGUGAUUGUAACAUAAUCUGAUCUUUUUCAUUAUAGUUUUUAAUGAAUUUUAUAUUCGUGUAAA